GCUCAAGUCGCAGCCUCUCCACUCCACGUUUGGCCCUGCCCUCGUGCGCUCUGCUCGUUGAGCAGCGUGUCUCUCGGCUGCAUUUGCCUUUCCUCACACUGACGCGAACACACACGGACUGCUGCUGCUGGUGUAUGUAUGCAUGUGUGUGAGUGUGUGUGUACGGGAGAAGUUAUUGUCAGACGAGCACCAGGUAGCAACAAUCGGAUUUCUCCAGGAAGGGUGCACGCGGGAUCGUUUUUCCGAGGGGACGAUACGAAGCUUUACGCAAUGAGGUGGACGUACCAGAAUUUAAAGUGAGGAGAGGUCUCUUUUUUUUUUAAUUAUUUUUUUCUUUUCAUGAACAUCUAACAUCGUGCGCACUCCUUUCUAUCAGCCCUUUUGGAUUUGUGUUUUUAUUUUUUUUAAAUCCCCCCGGAGUAAUUUCCUCGUGCAACAUCACCGAGGAUUUCACUGAUGUGUGCGAUGUGGAGACUGCAGGUCGCCUUAUGUACUCUGUCGGUGCUGCUGUCCCUGUCAUCUGCUGGAGAAAGCAAAGCGCGGAGCUGUAGCGAGGUUAGGCAAGCUUAUAACGUUAAAGGAUUCAGCCUCGUCAAUGUGCCUCAUCAGGAAAUAUCAGGUGAGCACCUGCGUGUCUGUCCUCAGGGAUACACCUGCUGCACAUCUGAGAUGGAGGACAAUCUCCACCAGCAGAGCAAACAGGAGUUUGAGAUCUUGGUGGAGGAGAGCAGCAGGAAUAUGAGGACAACGUUUGUCUCCAGGCAUAAAAAGUUUGACGAGUUUUUCUUGGAGCUGCUGGACAAUUCUGAGAAGUCUCUGAACAGUAUGUUCACGCGGACGUACGGGAAGCUGUACAUGCAGAACUCAGAGGUGUUCCAGGACCUGUUCACUGAGCUAAAGCGCUACUACACUGGCGGUAACGUUAACCUGGAAGAGAUGCUGAAUGACUUCUGGUCCCGGCUGUUGGAGCGCAUGUUCCAGCUGCUCAACUCGCAGUACCACUUCACAGACGACUACCUGGAGUGUGUCAGUAAAUACGCGGAUCAGCUAAAGCCUUUUGGAGAUGUGCCCAGGAAACUGAAGGCCCAGGUCACCCGGGCUUUCAUCGCAGCACGGACGUUUGUGCAGGGGCUCAUGGUGGGUCGGGAGGUCGCCAACAGGGUUGCCAAGGUCAAUGUAGUUCCAGCAUGUGUCAGAGCCUUGACCAAGAUGCUGUACUGCCCUUACUGCCGCGGCAUGCCCGGGUUGAAACCCUGCCACAACUACUGUCACAACGUCAUGAGGGGCUGUCUCGCCAACCAGGCAGACCUAGACGCUGAAUGGAACCUCUUUAUCGAUGCCAUGUUACUGGUGGCAGACAGACUGGAGGGACCAUUUAACAUCGAAGCUGUUAUAGCGCCGGUCGACAUCAAGAUCUCUGAGGCCAUCAUGACCAUGCAGGACAACAGCAUGACAGUGUCAGCCAAGGUUUUUCAAGGGUGUGGUCAGCCAAAGCCAUCAGGAAUAGGCAGGUCUGCACGCGGCAUCUCAGACGUGUUCAGUGCUCGAUUCAGACCCUUCACCCCUGAAGAGAGACCAACUACAGCAGCUGGAACAAGCCUGGAUAGACUGAGGGCUGUGUGGAGGACAAUGCAACACAGUGUGAUAGACAUCAAAGAGAAGCUGAAGGAGUCCAAGCGGUUCUGGACCAACCUGCCGGAUGACAUCUGUGCCAAAGGCAAGCUCACCGAGUCUGAUGAGGAGCAAUGCUGGAACAGCCACACGAAGGGCAGAUAUUUCCCUGAGGUGGUGAAGGAGGGUCUAACUAAUCAGCAGAACAACCCCGAGGUGGAUGUGGAUAUCACCAGGCCAGACACACUGAUACGACAACAGAUUAUGGCACUUCGUGUCAUGACCAACAAGCUGAAGAAUGCCUACAACGGGAAUGACAUCUACUUCCAAGACUCCAGUGAUGAAGGAAGUAGUUCUGGCAGUGGCAGCGGCUGCACUGACGGCUGCACAACAGAGUUAGUUUUUGUUGGAACAGAAGCUCCGGUGAUUGGAGCUGACAGAAGCGAUGAAAGAGCAGCAGCAGCAGCCGCAGGAAAGUCGCUAUCACGCGAACCCUCCCUACUGCUGGUGAUGUUUGCUCUCACGCUCUGGGCAAUGCAGACUCAAUGGAGAUAAUACACGGGUGUGGCCAGAAGAUUGACUUUAAUACUGUUGCAUACAGUAUGUUUAACAGCGAGUUGUACAGCUGUUCCCUCACUGGACAUGUAGAACCUCCUGGAAACCUGUGGAGAACAGCUUACUGUGUGAGAUGGUCGGACUGGAAGUGAGGGCAGUGCUGCAUCCUGCUCGUCCCCCAAAGAAUGCUCGGUGCCAUCACUGAACCAGCUUUCAUGUCGCUGAAAAAAAAAGAAAAUGUGUUUUUUUUCUUCUAAUUAAAUUAAAGUGGGAUGUGGAGAAGAUGCUUCUCUUUUAGACAGUGAAAACCAUCUGACCCGAAGUUUCAGACAAAGGGGAAUCUAUUUUUCCUUUGUAUGAUGACGUUGUGAAAAUUAUUUUACCCUUUUCGUCUUGUCCCCCUAUGAGAGAAGGAGACAGUCUUACUGUGUGCAUGCAUGGAAAUGAUGUUAACUGGGAAAAAAAAGUGUUUUUAUUUCUUUUCUUUUUUUAAUGCAGGCUACACAGUUUGGGAUUGGUCAGCACACGAUUGUACAGCGCUAGCAGUUCACCUGGUUUUCCCUUUGGUUGUAUCAGUGUGGCUUCAGGAAGCAGCAGUUCUUACAGCCACUUUAUAGUUGCACAUUUGAUUUUCUCUGAGUAAGUGCUAAUGUAACGCACCGAGAGAAACGACUUUGCACAGAUUAUUUUUGUCGGCGUCAUAAGUUUAUAAAGCUACACCAGAAACAUCCAACCCAUAGAGAGAGAAGAUCUAUAUUUUCAGAUCAUUGAACUGAUUGUAUUGUACUUAUUAACAGUUGCAGUAUGUAUUUCACUGGGAGGUAUACUGUAGGCCUAAUGUGAUCUUAUUGGUUUAGUUAACGACUACAUUUUGGUUAUGUAUUAUUUGUUUUUAAAAGAUAUUGGAUCACCUGUAAAAUUAUAAAACAAGAGCUUCUGCAAUGACCCUAAGCCUGCUCAUGAUAAUUAGCUACCUGAUUUACUCUCUAUUUUGGGUUCAUAAAAUUAAUUUUUACAGUUCAUAUAUUUCAUUGGUAUUCCUCAGAGGACUCAGAUCAUAUAAGUGAUAUUAGCUUAAUGUUUUAUGUUUCAUUUAUUUUCUUGGCCCCCAUGUAUUCAUUGUUUGUUUGUUUUUGUCUUUGUUUGUUUAUAUCACUUCAUGGACACCAUGUAACCCUAGUCCUGUGAGGGACACCUCUGUCAGGGAGACACCUCUGUAACACUAUUUGUGGUUCUACCCACUCAAAUAUCAUCUGGCAACCCAAUGAAACUUGCUAAUUUGAACAGACCCACCACCCCUACAGGCUAUAGGUGAUAUUUGUUGUUGUGUUUUCCUACAAAGUCAGCAACUCAUGAAAGCAACAGCAUUUCAAGGUCAGAGAUUUCUACUGUUCUUGUAGAACUGAGGUGACUAUUCAUGACCUUCUGUAUUCCAUUUCCUAAAGGCUUCUUUCUCCAGCAGGAUGCAGAAGCCGUGGGAGAAAUAGCUAGCGGUCCACCAACGCAACUUGAUGGCUGUGACCUCUAGUGGCUCAGAAAAAUGUCUCCGAGAUGUUACAGUGUACUGUAGAAACAAGUAACUGUGGGGCAAAUGGUCACAGUUUCACCAGAAAAAAAGGCAGUGGAAGCAGUCAUCCUUGAGCUGGGAUGUGCCUGGAGGAUGAAAUUUCAUCAGCUCACAAGUACCUGAAUUGCUUUCAUAUAGCAUAUAAAGAGUCUCUUGUCUCAACAGGGGGCUCUCCCUUACCCACUAGUGUAAUAAAUUAACAGCUGCUGUGAGCAUCUCAAAGAGAAUGUGCUUUUCAUGUAGCAUACCAAAGCAAGCAUGGGACAGAAAAUAUUCCCUUUCUGUCCCAGCAUCUGCGAUGAGUGAGAAUAGAUCAAGCUGCAAAGCCCCAAAAUGGAAAAAUAUCUGAUGAGCUUAGGCUAUAAUAAUAGGUGAGGGUAUAUUUAGACAGAACACUACACGUUGCUUAAGUUUGCCCCAGCAUUAUGGAUGUCGUCACAGGAUUAAUCUUGAGGAAAACCUUUCCUCAGUGAGUUUAUAUGACUCACAAGGGAGACUUAAAAGUACCACAGGAAGCUCCCACUUUAGAACAAAUGGGAACACAUUUGACCUCAGUUGCCUCACUCCCUGCUGAAACCACUUCAGCAGAAAGGGACUGAACAGCAGCCUCCCACCAAAAAGUAGCAUGACACAAUAAAAUAUAUGAUGCGUAAACCUUAAUUAUUGACUGCAAAUGACCUCUGAACAAAACUUUGGAAAAGAAAGUGCUGAACUUCUCAAUAUCAAGGUCCAUCCCAAAGUUGAAUUGUUCAACUUGCAUGAUUAUGACCUACAGUAAUGAUGGGAAAAAGAAUGAAAAGGGGCACCACCAGCCUGAUCCGAGUAAGAAUCCCAGAACACUUUGCAAAGAGAAGUGACUGCUUGCAAUACACAAUGAUGGGAUUCAAACGCGUCAGGUUGCGUGCAGUGGGUGAUGGUUUUGGUUGCAGUUGUUGUCAUGACAGCGCAUCUCAGCAUAUUAUAUUGGUACAUUGGUUUCACCGGUACAGGACGCAUCCCACUUUACGGAUGUAAAAAUAGGAAUUAAAAGGGUUUUUUCGAAACCAAAUUUUACGCUAACUGAUUAUCUCAAUGUACCCACACUCAAAUGGAGAUGUAUUAAUACACAUUUUCUGGAAAUGUGGUUAAAAUUUCUGUUACAUUUGAUGAAAAGUUGCCAAAAGUUGAUUAUUGCAUAAUGAGAUAACAUGAGAAUUACCCGUAUAUAAAAUUAAAUAUUGUAAAAAUGAUAUAUUUAUAUACGUUAUUGGUCUCUGUUGCCGUUUUAGUCACUGUAAAGUGGACUCUGGGUUAGAAAGCAACGAGCAUUGUAAAGAUCUGGGAUGGUGAAGCAUUCCGAUUGGCUAAAGAAGUACAUGCGGAUAUCAAUGCAUGCUGCGGUCAAAGUUUGAGCGAGCCUGUUGAGCCCUUUAAAUAUCAACACCUGUGUUUAUGUAACAGACAGCUGAACACAGGUUCACACUGUUUAUGCCCUCUAAAAAAUAUUUCUUCAGAUUAUUAACCAGUGCUGUUGUGUUAACUAUCAGAUCAUGAUGUCUUUAUUUGAGCACAGAGAUCCCUCCAUCCAACAGUUCCCAAUAUUAACUUUUCAACUGGUUUCAGUGUGUCAGAGAAAUAGAUGUAUGAUAGUUCGACAGGAAAGUCUUCAGCAGUAACUUUUAAUGAUGAGCUAAAUAUUUGAUAACACACUAACUAUAAGUGUCAGGCCUGACGUGCAGCUACAGUUAUUCUAGACCGUUCAGAUUCUUCCGACCGAGGUGUUCAGUCCAUUUUUAUAGCAGGAUAAAAAUGUUUUACAGUCCAUGCAGUUACCUGUGUUUUUCUAAGCCCUUUUAUUUAGCUAGUAAGCACAGUGUUGUUUUGCUCCCUAAGACUGGAUUUGAUUGGGCAGUAAACAAGUUGGAUUCAGGUAAUGUGCUGCUUGGUAAUUCUAUGAAUGAAAUAAAUGUACAAUAAGAGCAGAAGAGAACCAUUGGAAGUAUAAAUUAGUGGGUAAAAUAAAUAUAUAUAUAUAUGUGUGUGUCUAUAGUUAAAGGCAUCCAUAUAAAGUCAGUGAUUUGGUAAUGAAAAACAAUGUGGAGGCAGAUAUUUACGAGUGAGGGAAGUGAGGUUGAACAAUCACUGCAGUGUGUGUUCAAUAAUAGGGCAGAAAGUUAACCGUGGUGCUUCAGAUACUGGCAUUGUUUAAAUGUUAGCACCGCUGCCCUGCUCACUGAGGCUUCACCACUCUAUAUUUAAAAGUUUAAAAACUGCUGCCAUAUAAAGGAUCAGUGCACCUCUAAGCACAUCUAAAACAAGAGUUUAGGAUGAGUGAGGAUAAAGCAGGUCUUAACUGCUGCUCCCAAAACGUAGUCGAAAAAGUGAAUAAAGAAAAGACUGGUACAGAAAUAGGUCAAGUUUUUCCAAAGAUCUCGAUUCAGUUCAAACAAGAGUCCUCUCUCAUUACGACCAGAGGAACGUUUGCCAUUUUCCACUCCCUGGUGUAUUCCUCUCUCUCUCUCUCUCUCCUGACGAGCUGUGUUAUAGCGGUCAGACACACAGUAUCACUGUCUGAGCCGCUUCAAUGCUUAACUUCAUUUGUCUCUGAGACAUUUUUUUUUGUCUUGUUCAUUCUCCUUCACAUUUGAAACAAACAGAAACAAAGACUAAAAAUGUAGGUUGACUGAGGAUUUUUUGUUUUUGCAGAAUGUUUUAGAACAAAAUGAGUUAUGCAAGGUCUUUCCCAUUUUGAUGUUAAUCGUUUGCUGCACUUUUUUGCUAAAAACAUAUGCUGUGAGUGUGGUACUGUUGUGAUUUGCAAACAGAUAACAAAGGAGCACAUUAGGAUUUGUGGAGCUGUCGGUGCACGCUGUUUGAAGUGUUUUUGGGGGAACUGAAGUUGAUGGUUGUACAAGCAGACAUGCCUUACCAUUUUUAAAAGACGUAACUGGAUUGCUUAUUUGGCUUUUGUUACACAUUCUUGUAUACAGAAAAUAAUACAAAGGUAAUAAUAAACAUUUAUUAAAAAAAUAU